AUGAUGAUGAUGAUGAUGAUGAUGGUGGUGGUGGUGGUCUUCCUCCUCAGGAUGAGAAGUUACGGACGGAAGUCCAACACAGAGUGUCGUCAGCGAUGGCGUCUGAUCAAGAACCAGGAGGUGGUGAAGGGUCCCUGGUCCGAGGAGGAGGAUCAGAAGAUGAAGGACCUGAUCCAGACGUACGGCACCAAGCAUUGGUCGCUGAUCGCCGGACACCUGCGCACUCGCAACGAGAAGCAGUGCCGCGAGCGCUGGUACAACCACCUCAAUCAGGCCGUGGUCAAGAGCAAGUGGACGCCGGAGGAGGACCAAGUCCUGCUGCAGUGCCAAAAGCUGCACGGAAACCGCUGGGCCACCAUCUCCAAGCUCCUACCGGGCAGAAGUGAUAACUGCGUUAAAAACCGCUGGCACUCCACUCUGAAGAAAUAUGUGGAGACGAAGCAAGACUUCCCCGACACGAUUCUACGCCCCCUCGACAACAUCAGCAUCCCCACCAAGGCUGCAGGAUCUUCUGAUCCCAUGAUGGAGAACAGGAAUGUCGACGGCGCCGGCCAGCUGCUGAGCAGCACAGACUUUAGUAAACAUGCUCGUUCCGUGUUCCGGAGGCAGAGCCGUCCCAGAGGCCGCACGUCGUCCGAACCGUGUCCGGGGUCCGUGUGCGUUGUCCGGCCGUCUUUGAGCACCCAGCGCGGCUAG